CUAGUAGUAGUACCUCUAGUAGAUACAUACUUCUCAUACGGAUCAUCAAAAGAAGAAGAAGAAGAAGAACAAGAAGAUAGCACAGAUAACUGACAGAUAUAAACAUAAAGAUAUUACACCAUUUGCUGGUCGUUCUCAACCUUUCCAUGAAAGCACAUAAGAUGGUCGUUGCUGGGUCAGCCCUGCCAGUCGACCCUUUUGGUCUCGUCCAAGCCAAGCCGUAUGGCUGCUGUGGGUGCCUAAAGUUCAGGCCUCUGGUGUAUGUGACGCUGAUCGUCUGUUUCGGAAUGCGGCUGUUGUUAUGGCUUGAUGUGGUUGUGUUGUACUAGUUGUAUUUAGAGUCUAAAUAGAUGAGAUGAUUCCAGAUUAUUCAUUCUUGCCGUGUAGUUGUUGAUGUAAUUGGCCUACAACGAAUCUCUUUUCUUGGUUUUACAACAACCGAGGAAGUGUAGGUCUUUUGCUCUGAAGGUCGAUUAAACCGUUCAAGUACUCAAUUCUGUGAUAAUAUCAUCGCAUUUUUAUGAAACCCCAUCUCUCUUCAUACCCAACGUUCCUAUUGUACACUGUGGGCUUUGCGGCACGCGAGCGACCAGAAGUUUCGGUUGAAGUCUACAUGUCGAAAAACCUGUGGGCAGCAUGGUCAGUCUUCGGCUUUGUUGUGCUCACACCUGCUUUUUUCGGACUCAAAUAUGAUGCUGACAUGCCAUUGUGGACUGCGUACUAUUUCCAAGUGGCCACAUUUUGUUAAGGCUCAACUCGUUAAUCCAUUUCUACAAGGAAAUCACUUCCAUUUCUACAAGGUUCCUCCUUGCUUAGGAGAGAAGGGUCAGUGCAAGGAAGUCAUUUCCAUUUCUACAAGGUUCCUCCUUGCUUAGGAGAAAAUAGUCAGUGCACCAAGGAAGUCAUUUCGCUCACUUGUUCCUCCUUGCUUAGGAGAGAAGAGUGGGAAAAUGGAAGCAAGGAAUGAAAGAUUCUGGGCUCUAAUCUUGGUUUGGCCUCUUCACUGGCGUCCUCUCCGUAUUCCCUAUUACAGUACCUCAAGACGACCGGGAAAAGUCCCUGAUUGGAGACAUGAUUCUAGGUGGACACGGCGUGGACAUGCCGAGUUUCAACUUCGUGCUUGGAGCGAGCAAUAUGCCUGCAAGUCAGAUGACGGUACAAGGGAUCACUUUAGUGUAGCUUCGUAACAUGCCUGCAGGAAGUCAGAUGACGGUACAAGGAAUCACUUUAGUGUAGCAUCGAGGAUUACGAAUUUCGCCAAAUUAUGAUGAUAGGACUAGAAGUUUUCAAAAGUAGCUCUGCUAUCCUGUACCGUUCCUCCUUUCCCUCCUUCCUCAGUCUUCGGUAGGCGAUCCAGUCGCAGCGGUCACGAAAUGGUUGGAGGAUGCGGCUAUGAAUGUAAUGAAUAUGGGCGUCCAAACGAUUUUUUCUCCUUUCCGCGUUACAUUUGGACCGGAUCAAAGAGCAUUGGAAUUUUUGACUUAUGGAAAAAAUUUAACAAAUGAGAGCAAAUGCAAAAUCUGCAAAAAGAUAGGGAAGAUUUAAAUACACACGAUACGAUCGUGAUUGAUAUUUUUUGAGCUUAUGCUCCUUUUCUACGCAUGAGGUAAGGUGUUCCUGGCGAUCUUCAUUAUAUUCAUGUUCACGGCUUGUUCCUAGUGUAGCGCCAGCUCCUUAGACCUGUUCGUUUGCAAAUAAAGUGCUUUGUUAAAAUUAUUGAAAGUUGGCACUUACUUACACCAGCCUAGAAGAGUGAUUUUUAGAAGUGGUUUAGGAGUUUUUUAAGUCUGCUUGCAUAAAUACUGACAUUAAAGGUUUCUGUUAAGGUAGUAGUCUGAAUAAUUAAGGGACUAAAUAACGUAAGAACUGUAACUCUAGAAUUUCAGACUUAGGUUUAGUAUAAUUUCGUCCAAAAUGGCUGAAAACAAGGGAGUGCCGCCAAAAGGCGGGGGAAAGGGGAAUGGACUGCGAAAGAGAGUUAUCAAACUGGAGGCAGACUGGUGCAUCCUCUACAAACAUGAGCCAGCCCUGAUUGAAAACAAAGGAAUAGCUAAGCCUGACGAAUACGAGAAUCCGUACGCCUACAAGGUCGCCAUCUGGAAGCAGCUGAUGACGAUGUUGCAACAAGCCAAGAGCGAACAUACGGAUGAACAAGAGAAGGAGCGCUGGGAGGAAAUACGUGAUACGUUCGUAGAAGAAUUUGGGGAGAUGAGCAUGUCGAUGGUGAAGUACGUCAAUGAGCGUCGAAAUAAUUGGGUGGAGCUUGUAUUUUUUCCGGGAAGAACCACAGUGGCACUACUGGAAGAUCUACGAUCGGAUAGCUUCACAGCUUCGGGCAAGUUCAACUUUGUGCUCAAGUGCAAAAAACUCAAACUGAAGGCAGACGAUGGAAAAGGCAACAAUAUGAAAGGAGCACAAGGGAAGAAGUCGCACAGCGUAAAAGGGGACCAACGUAGUGCAAAUGCUGGCAUGGGAAAAGGGGCGCACUUUGGUAAACAAGAUAACUACAACGAGAUGGACAAUGGCGCACAAGGAAAAGGGUCAAACGAUGGAGCAUGGAACGAGCAGCAGAAUAUGGGGAGCAACAACUUUCAGUGGCAAAUGAAUGCUCCUCCGGUAUCGUCGUCUUCUUCUUCAGGUAUGGGCUGGCAGCAGAAUGACGCAUGGAACAACUUCGGAAAUAAUUCGGCAGUUUCUGGUGCUAGAUUUGAGCCUUAUGGUCAACAAGUCAGCUACGGACCGACGAAAGGCGACAAGCAGGGAAAAGGUGCUCCUCCUUGGGUGAACACCGGCGGAAGAAAGUGGUGAAGUUGGCUCUCCUCUACUGUAUAAGGAUAUUGAUUUGGGUACCAUCUGUCCUGAAAUUCCGGCAGUCAUUGAGAAGAAAGAGACAUUCUUGAGAAGAUUUAACUGUGGGGGAGGUAGCUGCACCUUGUGUCCGUACAUAAAAGAGGACCGUAUAGUAAAAAUAUCUAGUAGAGAAAGCGCGUUCUUCAUACCUAACUACUCCAACUCUUUAAAUUGUCAAGCAAAAAACGUGAUCUAUAUAGCUAGCUGUAAGAAAUGCAAUAUGCAGUACAUUGGGGAGACUGGAAACACAAUGAGACAGAGAUGGGGAGUGCAUAUUUGUGGACUGAGGAAAGGGACGAGAAAGGAGGGGAAAACGUGUAUGGAAUCCCAUAAUGUGCUAUGCGCAGCUUCGGGAUCAGUGGGGAUUGAGGUGCAAAUCCUGGCUGAUCUCAAUAAAGUGAGUCCACCUGAUGGAGUUUCUAUGCGUGCUUUUCGAGAGCAGAUUGAGGAGUUUUUCAUGCGUUCACUGGGUUCGGUCUAUCCGUUAGGCUUGAAUGAUAAGUAUGAAAGUAAGUUUUUCUUUAAGAAUUUCCCUCAGGAGUUACCGAGCUCAGACGAGUAUAAGAUAGGAAAAGCGAACGGCCCGAAGUACAUGCGGGCUGGAAGGAAGAGGGGCACCGGCAAAAGGCCACUGGCCUUUCAGGAAGGCCUCGACGUGGAGACGUUUUUUACUAAGUUAAAGUCUAAAUGGCAAGGGGCUCCUGGUAGUUUUAUUAGUUUUUUAAGAAACGCCCUUGACCGACAAAGAUAUGCAGGGGUGAGGGCAAUAGUUAAGGGCUUAGAGAAGUCUGGACGACGUCAGGACCAUGUUGAUUAUAUCAUAAAUUAUGCCUAUAGUAAGUUUGAGAAGUUACGGGAGCAGGAUGAUGAAUGGUAUCAAAAGAAGUUGAAGGGCAAACAGAAGCGUAGAAGGUUAAAGCGUAUGUUUGUACUGUUCCGCAAUAAGUAUGUAGAGGAUCUUCGUCUGGAGGCAAUUUUUCGGUUGCCUGAAGUAGACUCUUUAUGGAAAGCAUUGGGGAUAGAGAAGGGCUGGAAGGAAAUUGAUGAGCCUUCGAUAACUUACAUGUAUACGAAGGACCUGACCUCUACGCUCUUCAAUCAUCAUAAGGCCUCUCGGACGGAUGAGGGAGAGAAAAGCGGGACUAUGGAAGAAGGUGCACGGGAAUGCUCUAAAUGUGUAUGUUACUCGGAGAAGUACAAGGACCUGGUAUGUGAGGAAGUAGGGCAUGUCUAUACAGGGGAGGUUGAUAAGUUUUUCAGUGCUGGAGCAGUUGAGUUACUACAUAGAGGGCCCAAGUUUCGUUUUGAGACUAUAGCGAGUCUACAGGACAUUGGGGAAGAAUUUAAAGAAACGAUUAAGGAGUUUAAGGAGCAUGUAGCGACUACUCUAGGAGAAAGCUUGACAUUAAAUACGUGGGCGCAAACAGCGUCAGAGGAAGUGGCGCGCCGCGUUGCUAUGAUUGAGGGGAGAGAGCGCCUCAGGGGUAAGCGUAAGUUUGUGAACGCGCGCGGGGUCAAUAGGAAGGCACUGGAGGAAAUUCAGAGAAUGCAGGACCACUUCGUGAUGGCUCCUGUAGAUAAGGCGGCCUCUAACGUUAGUAUUAUUUGCAAAAAGUUUUAUCGUAGUAUUUUAAAGGAGGAAAUCUCCAAGCAAGAUGGUGCAUAUUUGAAAGUAAAUUUGUCAGCUGAUGAAGUUAUCUCUGAUUUUGAGGCGAGCUUACGCAGAAUAUUACCAAAGGAAGCGGACUAUGUGCUGCCAGCGAAACCCAAAAUGGAUGAGGAGAAGGACCAGAAAGAUACUGAAGCGGAAGAGCAACGUCCUCCAUCACUUCCCCAUCUAGUUUGGAUGCCAAAGUUCCAUAAGAAACGCUUCAAGACGCGCUUUGUUGCAUCAUGUUCAAACACAAUUUUCAGUGGGCUUUACAAAUUAGUGCAGGGAAUACUGAAGAAGAUUAACUAUAGCAUAGUGAAAUACUGCCAGAAGGCAGACCUCUGCACGCCGAAAGUAAAGCACUACUGGAUUCUAAAGAACAGCAUCGAGCUACUAGAUGACUUACGCAAAAGUAAGAAGAAGCGGGCUCGGUCCCUCACUUCGUGGGACUUUAGUACUCUCUACACCGCACUUAAUCAGGAGGAAGUUUUGAAAGAAUUUGACUGGGUUUUUGACUUUGCUUUUACGACGGAACGUAAGUAUCUACAUUUUCAGAAGGACUAUCAGCGGAACUCAUGGCACAGCGACCCGUCUUGGUCCUCGAGAGGGGUGGACCCAAGGCCUCGUAGAGGGGCUGAUGGUAAAGUAGUUGAGUCAAGACAUUUCUCACUAAGUAAGGACCAAGUGAAGAAGCUAUUUGCCUUGAUGAUUACGGGCGCGUACGUUUGUGUCGGUGGUGAUCAGGUAGUGCGGCAGAGCAAAGGCAUUCCCAUAGGAAUAAACCCCGGCCCUCUAGUUGCUAAUCUGUACUUAUGGCGUAAGGAGUAUAAAUAUAUAACUGAGCUAAUCAAGCGAAAGGAUCUGGAAGCUGCUAGGAAGUUCCGACAUGUCUAUCGCUUUAUUGACGACCUUUUAGUUCUUGAUGGUAAGGAGUUUGAGCCUGCUGCUAUCUACGGCGACCUAGUCUGUGAGCGUCAAGGUGGGCCUAGUGAUGCGCGCUCGGCGGACUAUAUGGAUUUGACCUUGACUGCUGGGGUAAAGGGGAAAAUAGAAGUGAAACUGUACGACAAAAGGGAUGAUUUUUGUUUUAAAGUGAACCGGUUCCCCUACAUGCGCAGUAACGUCCAUCGGAAGACUGUCCUGUCUGUCGCCGGGGGAGCUCUUUUACGCUUCUUUCGCUACUGUGAUAAUGUUGACGAUUUUGAGUCGGGCGCGAAGCAGGUCUGGGGGGUCUUUAAACAGCGCGGGAUUAGUCAUAUCUUAUGGCAAGGUGUAGCCCGUAAGUUCUGUAAUAAAUACCAUAGGUUUCGUAAAUAUAGGAUGCAACGUUACGAGUUCGAGAACCUCCUUCGGGGGUGCUCUAAAUAAACGAGACCCCCUUAUGAUGCAUUUUUAUGACGACGGUCUACGUGACUGGAGUCUUGGCCCGGGGCAUAUAUCCGGGCAACAUACCCUUCGGGGUAUAAGAGUUGGGCUUCCGAGUCCUUCUCAGGAUGAGUAGUUAUGUAGCGGGCUCUGGGUGGUAUUUUUUACGAAGUGAAAGUUCAACCACUCAACCCGUUCCUCAAGGUCGUUAAAUCUAAAUCUUAAGUUCGUGGAUUUAGAUGCAAACUAGACUGAUCUUCGUUCUCUUUUUCGAUGAAUGUAAAUGUAAUAGAACGGUCUGGUAGUAAGCUUUGCAUUCAGCCAAAAUAUAGUUCUUUCAGUUUUUUUUUAAUUCAGAUAAUGAUCUGAAAAGCGGGGAUCUAGAUGGAAACUAGGAGGAAAAUUUUUUUUUUUUGGAUCUCUCAAAACAAGGAGGUCACUAAGGAGGAAAGCUAAAAAGGACGCAAGCGAUGACUUUUAACUCUUUUCGCAGGGUUGUAAUUCGGCCGCAUAUCGAUAGGUCUGCUUUUGCAGGUUUAGGCUAGCGCUCAAGGCCGAUAGAACUUAUAAGUUCGUGCAUAUAUAUUUUUUGAGCUUAUGCUCCUUUUCUACGCAUGAGGUAAGGUGUUCCUGGCGAUCUUCAUUAUAAUAUAAGUAUAACACCUUCAAUAUAUGAUGUAAAUUCAAGACUGUAAGACCACGUGGAAACCCGAGUAAAAAGAGCGAUGCCUAAUCAACCCAUUCCCUCUUCAUCCCCUCUUUCAUUCUAUCCUGACAAUCAUUUUACUGCCUCACCUCUACGCUGCGUAUGUGAUACGCUGUGCGGCUCGCCAACUGCAGCUGGGUUUUUUCCGGGAAUUUUGGCUGUACAAAAAACAGAUCCCAGAAAGGCGUGGUGUACAUGCUCCAAGCAGCGAUCCUCUACUGAGGGCUCAUGUUAAGGCAGUGGCAAUAUAGAAUUUGUAUUUUUAAUAUUUAAAAACUGUAGUCGCUCUUGUCGUAGCAUGUAAGUACUUCUUGGUUUUUUUACCUAGUCGCAUCGGCAACCGGAGUUCGUAUUUUAGUUUUGACUUGCUGCAUUCCAUGCAGAGGAUUCAACCAAAGAAUAAAAAAUUCAUCUAAUCAAAGCCCCCAUCCUUGGCAGAACGGAGAACAGCCUUUACCGCAGAAACAGGCGGAAGCGAUUCGUGCUCUCCCUGCGCAGUACCCACUAGAACGUACGAUAGAGAACAUCAGAAUGCACGAAAGGGCGGGCGUUUCUCUGCUGAAAAAAGAGUAUCUUCUAGAAGAAGACGGUGGGGGCGGUGGAGGUGAUGCUGAAGAUCGGAUGCGCCCUGAGGACAUAUGGCUUCGACACUGCAUCCAGGAACAUUCUACGACUGGUCGCGGGCCACCUCCAGCAAUGUAACAAAACGAAAACCCAUGAUGCUCGUCCUAGCACGAGCAUCAUGCAUAGGAAAUGAAAUGCUUUUUUACGUUUCGAUCUCCAUUUAACGAGCACGAUUCAUUGAUUCAAAAUUAGCGACAUUGAAGUAGAUCUAGGUGGUACUCGGUGCUUUUAUGAACAGGUUUCAUUCUUGCGAAGCAAGCAUACUGUACAACAUCAAGAACAGGUAUUGGACAUCAGCAGCUUUAAUGAAGAUUCAUGUACUAAGAUAUUGUACAGAUUCAUGAUUGUGGAUGAUUUGAAUUUCAGCUUUCUUCUUUCUACAU